CCGGAGCCCAGGAGGAUCUGACAUUGGGGAGCGGACCGGGACGAGAGAAGGCCGGGAGGGUGUCAUGGCUCGCGCCAUUCGGAGCAUGCUCUCGUUCGAGAUUGUGGCUUCUGAUCUGUCGAUGGGUGCUUUGACAAGAUCGCUGGCAGCUUCGACAGGAGAUAGGUCGAUGACGGGGGGCGUGGUUCCGAUCGUCUUCUGCUGUGAGACGACGGAGGACGCUCCAGGAGGCUGUUAGAGUUGCGCAGGUGGUGAUUCGGUUGCGACCGGCGGCGGCGGAAUUGGGUCGACGACAUUCCAAUUGCGCGGAUGGGUUCUGGGCGAGAAGGAUCGCCUGCGCCCAGUGGAGGGUUCGGAGGAGUCCCAGCCGAGAAGAGCUCGUCUCGGCUCGCGCUGCGUGGGACGCGGUGGGCCGAGCCUGAAGUGGAGGACACACCGGGGAGCUUGCGAAGUAGCAGUGGUAAAGAAGUUGUCAAAUGGGGAACUGUUGCUGGCCGUGUGGAGGCAUUGUCGUCUCCACAGCGGAGGUCUCAUAGAGCAGCAGCGGACGGAUCACCUGGAGCGGAGUCAGGUGGAAAUGCAGGUGUGAAAACAUCUCGGAAGGGUCCCACCCGUAGCUAUAGUGCAGGCUCGAGCCACAUUUCUGCGAUGGAGAUGGAGGGAGUGGGGGUUGCCCCGGAUGCGAAAUUCGGACGGCAGGAAACUUGUGGUGCCGGCACCGGCAUUAGCCUGAAAUCAGUCAGUUUUCGAGGUGGGAUUGCAGACUUGACGGACCGGGAUAUGGCUGAUACUCGAGGAAAGAGUCCGAGGCCAACACGAAUUGUGGAACUUUCUGAGUUGCAAGAUCAAUCGACCGGGUUUGCGAGAUCAUCUCGUUCGAAACUGGUGAAAAGUCCGACUCGCAGGCUAAAAAUUGGAUCACAAGAACCCCUUUUGGAUCAGGCUUUGGAUCAGGCUUUGGAGCCAACAUCGCGGAGUCAAAGCAGGAUUCGUGACACGAGGGUCACUCGUAAUCGUACCGAUAAUUCGAAGCACACUCGAACAGAAGAGGAAGAUCUGCAGGACAAUGUGCUUGAUCAAAGGGUCACGAUGGAGAAGUCUUCUCGCACUCGUGUCUCCAAAAGCAUCCGACAGAUCAGCAGAGCAGAUGGUCAAGAUGUUAGCAGCGAAAUACGGGAACCUCCAUCCGGUACUCUCAAGAUGUUGGGAAGUGAAGCCGAAUUGCAGGAGGAGAACCAAGCUAAGACAAUAGGACGUCGCCCCAAGACAACUCGUCGACACACUAAGAGAAAACCUGAUGAAGCCACUGACCCUUAUUCCGAGGAGGCUCCUGAGUUGGGCUUGGCAGAAAAUCCACCUCCGGCCCGAGUCAGAGAAAUGCGGCAAUCAUCUUCGAGAGCGCCGAAAGUGCUUGCCUCGACCUCUUCGAAUUCUACAUCUAUCUCUUGGAUGCAGUUAUUUGGAGAUGUCAUAAUGUGGAAAGAUAUUCCUAGGUCGACGUUAUAUUUUGGAGCCGGCUGUUUUGGUAUCCUAUCAACAUCUUACGUGAAGAACCCAAGUUUUGGAGCACUGACUUUCACUUCCUACCUGGCACUAUUGUAUCUAGCCGGAAUAUAUUGUCAUCGGAGCUUCUUAGGCGGUGGACAAGUAGGAAAUGGUGUCAACUGGGAGCUGAGUGAUACAGAGGCUUUAGAUUUCGUAAGAGUUGUUUUACCCGCUCUGAACUUGGUCAUCUGCAAGUGCGGACAGCUCUUCUGUGGGGACCCUUUUACAACUUUAAAGGUUGCAGCAAUGCUGUGGGUGCUAGCUCAACUUGGUUACUGGAUUUCACUUUGGAGUUUCGCCCGGUUGGCUUUUGUUGCCAUGUUCAUCGUCCCGAAGCUCUUCUCUUACUACUCGCAUCAGCUGCAGGGACAUGCUGAGGCAGUUGCCGAGCGUGUUUGGAUAGCUUGGGAUGAAUACGCUCAUAAGAAGGCAGCUAUGCUAGGAGCGUUCCUUUUCGCAUGGAAUUUUACUGCUGCAUCAACUCGUCUCUUUGGUGCAUUUAUAUUGCUGGUUGCAGUACGGGCCUACUUUAGUCAAUUUCCGGAGGUUAGGUUGCCCAAAUAUCCACAUAAUGAUAAUAGUGGGAAUAGUGAGCAAGAUGAACUGCCGCCCAUAAUUGCUCCCGUUGAAGAGAGGGCGUUACACACACAACCAGUUCUGAAGGAAGUUAAGUUGGAAACAUUUUGAGUGAUAAGUUUGACGAGGUCACCUCAUCAAAAAUUCUACUGUGAAGGCGAUACAUCCAGCGUCUGGUCGGGAAAUCAUCUUCAUUCGGUGCAGCACUUGGAGAAGCGUUGUCCCUCUACUUCCCGUUUUGAAAAUACCAUGGGUGGUAUUCUCCUUGUUUUGCACAAGGUGUACAUGUAGUUAUAUUAUCGAAAUAGAUCCACAGGGUCCAGCCAAGGAAAAUCUUAACGUUCGGAGCGUUACGGGGAGCGGGAGUCUGCCGUUCGAAGACUAAACGAAGAAAAGUUUUGUACGAUAGACCUCUUGAACAUAGAUACCAAGCAUCAAGCUUUUUUGUCCUUCGAAACAGAACCGGGCUAUUUUGAAAAAGCCAACUUCCACAAUCAGCGUUAAGGGAAAAAAUAGUGGAGAUGUGAAGAAUGUGAACUGGCCUUCCUAGAUAUUAACUAUCGCCUUAGCCUUGCGGCUCUUAGGUCUUCGCACCCUUUUUCCUAUAGCACUUGGUGUCCCAGUUCGCUUUGUAGCUCACACUUUACAUAUAGCUCAUGGUUUGGGGUCUUCCCAUCCUUUUUUUGUCAUCUACUUGGCCCCCUUUUUUGUUCGGGCCCUUUGUAUGAUAAGAGAUGCUGAACUAAGCUGUUUGCCAGUAAUGUUGCAUUAACG